AUGUCUCCGCCACAGAAGGACACGCACGAGAUCCUCGAGAGAACGAGGAUGUGCAAGUACUGGAAGGCAAAGCGAUGUACGCUUGGCGCCGACUGCAAGUUUGCCCACUCCGUCGCGGAAUUGAAGCAGCAGCCGGAUUUGGUGGCAACCCAGCUUUGCUUUCAGUUCAGUCGCAAAGGACGUUGCAAGAAUGGAGAGGCGUGCAAGUUUGCCCAUGGCAGAUCGGAGCUCCGACGCUUCCCGAAUGCGAGCGGCAAUGAGACUGCGACAAAGGCCCAGAAGGAGCAAAGCGUGCGCAAAGAGAGCCACGAGAACCCGUCCAUCAUCCCUCCGGUCCUGCAGCCCUCCGGCAAGAUUCUACGAGCAGGAGGUGAGAUUGCAGGGCUCCCUGCUAGGGCUCUUGCAAGAAAUAUGUCACCACUUAGGGCCUACAGUCAGGUGUUCCUUGUUUUCUGA